AGAUCGGCCAAGGCCAAGCAAGUAAAUGGCCAAAAGCCAUGCACAAGUAGUGUGACAUCGACGAGUGGUUGCUGUAGUGGACGAGUGACCAUGUCAGCUCCGUAUAAACAAUGGUUUCGUCCUGAUACUGAAGAGACUAGUAGUGUGUUCAAGUGCAGCCCGAAUGCGGUGCUAGCUCGUGGAGCCUUUGGCAGCGUCAGUUUCGGAAUCUUCCAAGGGACAACAGGGGCAAUAUGGAAAUGUACCGCCAUCAAAGCCAUCAGUAGCGACGGUUCUUCUGCGAAUACGUCCAAAUUUUUCCAGAGUAACACCAACGCCAAAAAUAAUCUGUCGCACGAAACCUUUCAUGAAGUGUGUGCCCUCCGUCUCUUGAAUCCCCAUUGCAACAUUAUUGACCUUUGGUGGUUUUCUCAGUCCGCCAAUGAACUGGAAGUGGCGUUUCCCUAUCGUGUGGAUCUUGGUACCACUUUGGAAUGGAGACGACAACAACGAAAGACGCCCUUUUUGUUGCCACGGGCCGUCGUUCGAGGAAUUGCAUGGGAUUUAUUUUCGGCAUUGGAGCAUUGUCAUGCUCAUGGUGUGCUGCAUUUGGACGUCAAACCGGGCAAUCUAUUAGUGGAUACCUCGUCGGGACACAUGCAGCUCUGUGAUUUUGGUUUGGCGACACCCUUUGAAAUUAAUGCUGAAAAGGACGACAAUGGACCCCCAAAGAAAAAAGAAGAAGCCGCCAAGAAAGGGUUAUGUACAUUGUACUACCGGCCACCGGAAAACAUUUUGCGUUCCCAGACAGUCGCCCCGGCCAGUGAUGUGUACAGCGCCGCGGUUGUGCUAGGGGAACUGUUGGCAGGAUUUCCCUUGUUUCGGGGUACGACGGAUCUGGGACAACUCCAAGCCAUUUUCCAAUGUCUGGGGACACCGGUUGAAUCAUCAUCGUCAUCUCCUGCAGAGCCAAGCCAACAAUUACCAGACUUUAUGAAUGAUGAUGAUGGUAGUAGUGGGGCCAAGCUCAACUUUUCGUCCAAACAACGACAAAAACUAGACUCGCUCCUUCCUCGUGCCAAAGAAAGCCCCCAUUUGCUCCCACUCCUGGAGCGUCUGCUGGUACUGAAUCCAACCGUGCGACCAUCGGCAAGCAAUGUUCUGGGGGAUGCCUAUUUUACUACACAAACAACAACAACAAUAGAUCGAUCCACCAUGCAACGCGAGCUGGUACCCGGCGUCCUGCGAGAGCCAGUCAUACUUUCCAAUCCACACAAUGACGUGUCGGUAGCCACCAAGAAAGCAUCCAGUAUGGUGGCUGCCAGAAAGGCACACGAAAAGUCGCUCCAAAAGUGGGCAGGAGCCAACAAACCGUUUCGCACGUGCAAAACGACGUUUCAAUCGACAAUCUACUGUGCCGCCAAGUCUGCUAUAGUGGCAGCGAGUUGA